AUGUUUGCCAUUACAACCAAAUUCGGCACAGAUCACAAACUCACCAAUGAGACAAGUCUCAAAGAGCUUAGCCAAUAUGCGCCAGAAAUACUUGAGCUCUUGACAACUGGUAUGCCACUAGUAGAUAAAGAAAAAAGACAUCAGGCUCAUGAUCAUCUUCAAAAAGGAUAUAAGUUUAGCAAAGAGCAGGCAUUUGCAUUAAUUCCUCUACAGAGAGUUGGGCGAUGCAAAAGUCAAGCAUCGGUCUCAAAAGGACCAGGGUUAGAAGCUGAGGAAAUGAAUAUAUGUCAAGUAUCUGAUAAAAUAACUGAUCAAAAGCAUCCAUCUAAUAUUGCACAGUCUAUGAGCGACCAGAUUAUCAGAUGUACAGAGAAAAUAGCCCGGAUAUCUGGAUUAGAUGAGCAAAAUUCGAAAGUGUAUAAAGAUCUGGACGAAUGUGUAGAUAGAGAGACUGUGGUUGACUUAAUACAUGAAAUAGUUUCCACACUCAUUAAUGAAAAAGGUAAGAGUUCCUCCGAUUCAUCUGAAAAAUCUGAUUCGAUUGAAAUAGUAAAAAAGCGAAAGGCGGUUCCUUAUAAGCAACAAAGAAGGGCACGACUGAGAAAG